AAGUUACGAGGGAAUGCCGGAGUGCAAAGACUCCUUUAUUUAUGAACGGAUUGGUCAGGCGGAGGCUCCCUAGCUGAAAGAAGGAAGGAAGUCAUGUUCGCUCCUACAGUGAGGCGCGCUCUGAAAAAAAGCAAGACGCUGCGCUACGGUGUACCCAUGAUGGUACUCAUUGUUGGAGGUUCUUUUGGUCUCCGGGAGUUUUCUCAAAUUCGUUAUGAUGCAGUGAAGGCUAAGCUUGAUCCAGAAUUUGAAGAAAAACUGAGAAGGAAUAAGGUGUCAUUGGAAUCUGAAUAUGAGAAAAUAAAAGAUUCGACCUUUGAUGACUGGAAGAAUAUCCGAGGACCUCGACCAUGGGAAGAUCCUGAUCUUCUCCAAGGAAGAGACCCACAAACUGUUAAGAUUAAGCGAACCUGAAUGUGCUGACUCAAGUUGAUUUUUAAAUCAAAAUGUCAUUAUCUGGCUAUCCCUGUUUGCUCCUGUGUCUAAGAAGGCAAAUAUUAUGUGUAGGAAUAAGCCAACACAUGAGUAAUUGAAUGGCAAACAUGUCUUUAAAAAAAAAAAUCAAAUAGCAGAGCUCUUUGUACUUUCCAUCUGACCUAUUUGCACAUGGAAGUAAUUGCACUGAAUGGACACUUUUCAAUAAAAAUAAGUCUAGUUCAUUGAGAA